AUGACCGAUAUCAACAAACUCUCAAUCAACACUAUUCGUACUCUUGCAGCAGAUGUUGUGCUCCCAUGGGUUGUGCUCCAAUGGCCCAUAUUCUAUUUUCAAAAUUUAUUACCGGUAACCCGACAAAUCCACACUGGGCAAAUUAAUCGCGAUCGCUUCGUCCUAUCCAAUGGACACGCAUGCGCACUGCAGUAUAUUAUGCUCCAUCUAACCGGAUACGACGUAACUAUAGAUGACCUGAAGCAAACUCCUGGACAUCCUGAAGCACAUCUAACUCCUGGUGUAGAAGUCACAACUGGUCCACUCGGGCAAGGUUUCGCAAACGCAGUCGGAUUGGCUAUAUCCAGAGAACAUCUGGCUGCUGUGUUCAAUAAGCCUGGAUUUGAUCUGUUCAGUAAUUAUACGUACGUGAUCACUGGAGAUGGUUGCUUGCAAGAAGGUGUAGCAUCAGAAGCCGCUUCUCUAGCUGGUCACCUUCAGUUGGGCAAUUUGAUCGUGCUUUAUGAUGAUAAUCACAUCUCGAUUGAUGGUAACACCGAACUCAGUUUCACAGAAGACGUUCUCAAACGCUUUGAGGCCUAUGGCUGGCACACUCAAGAAAUAACCGAUGGAAAUAAUGACCUCAAUGGUAUCACUACUGCUGUGGAAAACGCAAAGAAAGUGACAGAUAAACCAUCUAUUAUCAAAAUACGCACCAUAAUUGGUAUAGGGUCCAAAAACCAGGGCACAGAGAAAGUUCAUGGAAGUCCACUGAAUCCAGAUGAUAUUGCCAAUAUCAAGACAGCGUUUGGUUUUGAUUCUUCCAAAUAUUUUUAUAUACCGGAUGAAGUCCGCCAAUACUGGCGUUCAUUUAGCGAAAGAGGACAGAAAGCUGAGAAUGAUUGGAAUGAUUUGUUGAAGAGUUACAAAGAAAAGUAUCCUGAAGAAGGAGCCGAUUUGACUCGUCGCCUUUCCAAUAAACUUCCCGAUAACUUGGCAGCGGUUCUUCCCCGUUAUACACCCUCUGACUCAGCUCUAGCGACUAGGAAAUUAUCAGAGGCCGUCUUGAAUAAGAUCGCAGAUAUAGUCCCAGAGUUAAUUGGCGGUUCCGCUGACUUGACUGAAUCUAAUCUCACUCGAUGGAAGACAGCUGUCGAUUUUCAGCAUCCAUCAACGAAUAUAGGAAACUACAAGGGAAGGUAUAUCAGAUACGGUGUCAGAGAGCACGCCAUGGCCGCUGCCAUGAACGGCAUUGCAGCAUACGGUGGGCUUAUUCCAUUCGGCGGUACCUUCCUAAAUUUUAUUACAUAUGCAUGGGGGGCUGUAAGGUUGUCUGCUUUAACAGGAUUCAGAGUGAUAUAUGUUAUGACUCAUGAUUCUAUCGGACUUGGCGAAGACGGACCUACUCAUCAACCAAUAGAGACACUGGCUGCCCUCCGUGCGCUUCCUAACAUUUUAGUCUUGCGUCCGGCAGACGGCAACGAAACAUCAGGAGCAUAUCUCGCUGCUUUAAAAAAUCCUCUCCGACCAUCAGUUCUCGCGCUCACUCGUCAGAAUCUUCCUCAACUUCAAAAUUCAUCCGUCGAGAAAACUCUUCAGGGAGGUUACGUCCUUGAGGAGGUAGACAAUGCAGAUAUUACUCUUGUGGGUACGGGCUCUGAAGUUUCACUUGCGGUUGACGCAGCGAAGCUUUUGAAAUCUGAAGGAAUUAAACCACGUGUGGUGUCUUUGCCUUCGUUCGAGUUGUUUGAAGAACAGAGUCUUGAAUAUCGUUCGAGUGUGUUUCCUGACGGCGUUCCCAUUGUUAGUGUUGAGGCAAUGUCGACGUACGGAUGGGAUGCAUAUUCUCAUGCCCACGUUGGCAUGAGAAUGUUUGGUGCAUCCGGACCGUACAAAGAAGUAUUAAAGAAGUAUGGAUUUACUCCUGAGAAUGUUGCCAGUAAAGCAAGAGAAACAAUUGCUUUCUACAAGGAUAAAUCGGUUCCGUCUGUUAUCUUCAGACCAUAA